CAUGAAACUGGCAUUGCUAGCGUGAGUUUCAAGAACAAUCAUGAAUUUCAAUCCCGCAGGGAGAGUUGAGUCGAGUGUGAUAGCAUCUCGACCUAUGAGUGUUGAGGAUAUAUUCAUACCUGUUUUGGGCAUGACGGGCGCAGGAAAGACUACUUUCAUUUCCACCUGUACUCAAGAGAAACCAUUGCAAUCUGGAAGAGGUCUCUCAUCGUGCACGUCGCAGGUCACAUUGCAUACGAUGACAUAUAACGGGAGGACCGUCCAUCUCAUCGAUACUCCAGGUUUUAACGGUACUCACCGGUCGGAUGGAGAGACACUGCAAGAGCUUGCAUUCUGGUUAAUCGGUGCUUUCCAACGGGAGCUACGAAUUAGCGGAAUUGUCUACUUACACCAAAUAACUGCACCACGGCUUGAAGGAAGUUCUCUACGAGGACUAAAUGCCUUCAAGGCGUUAUGUGGCGAAGAAAGCUAUCCCGGUAUCGCACUCGCAACAACACGAUGGGACGAGGUCGACGAAGACGAAGGAGCACUACGGCAGCAAGAGCUGUGCAGCAAAGCACAUUUUUGGGGUGAUUUGAAGAAAGGAGGCUGUCACAUAACUAAACUUUCUGUGGGAAGGCCGUCUGCGCUCAAACUUAUCCAACACAUCGUGAAGCAGGACCACAGACUCAUCCUACGCCUUCAGCGUCAGAUGAUCCACGAGAAUAAGCUCAUUCACGAAACAGACCUUGGUCAGGUAGUGUAUUGCAAGGCCCUCGCCGACCAAGAAGCCCUAGAUCGUCUAAUGGCGGAAGCGAAGUGCGAUUUUGAGAAGGCAGCCUCAGAAUUUCACGAUAGGCGGAUAAUAGCUUCAAGAAACGCCAUGGCAGGAAUUUCGACUGAGCUGUCAAAGAAGAAGUCAGAGCUCUCCAAUCUCCAGAUAGAUAUGGAAUCGCUGCAGACUAUAUGGGACAAGAAGAUCUGCGAAGAGCUAGAGGAGCUAAGGCGAAAGUCCGAAGAGAACGCCGUUCGUCAUCGCAAGAAAACGGAAGAACUUGAACGUCUUCGUCAGUCUCCUCUAUAUUCUCAAUCGGUGGAGCAUCGCUAUGAGGAUGAGUUUCGCGAAAUCGAGAAAGAACGCAAUGAGAUUGAGGUCGUUAGGAGACAGAAGAUUGGUGCUCGCAAUCACACUUCAAUAAGUACAGUAGUUGGUACUGGCCUUGCACUGGGCCAAUUCAUCGCUAUGUUAGCUUGCACAGUAAUGUAACACGAC